AGAAAUUUACAUGCUACAGCAAUCAGAGUUGGCCGUGCUGACAACCGAUGGCCAAGCGGAGGGGAAAAAGCCCAGAGACCACCAACAAUGGGCACUUGUUAAAAGCAGACUUUACAGCCAACCGCUAAUCAGUGCAAUCAACAGAGCACUUGAGCUAAUAAGCCGCCAAAGCGGACCGUUCGCUUUUGGGCCUCAAUUCAGUUACCAACGAAACGUUCUGCCGUCAGCAUGAGGCUCUCCCCAACUUGCCACUUCAACCUACUGGUUUUCUGCCUCCUCCUCCUGACAGCAGUUGCACAUUCGGUGGUGCAAGGUGUUCAAUCCGAGGUGCUUGCCCCCUCAUCGCCCGGUGCAAAUGCCACACGGGCGGUGGCGAAAGUUCUGCGCCGUCAAAAGCGAUAUCUGGCAUUUCCGGAGGGCUCUUCGGUUUCGGGAGCCAUUUGCAUGACGAUCGGCAUGAUUGGCAACCCCGAUGUGGACUACCUCAGUUGGGCGGUUAAUUGGGGCGUGGCCUACGAUCUGCCCAACCACCAGUGGGUCAUCCAGCACGCCCACGGACUGAACGCCACUUUGGCUAAGGACACCAUCAAGCGGCGCUCCAGGAGAGCCUUCUACGACGAGGUGCAGUCUCUUUUUAACAACAUGGGAUUUAAUGGUCGCUCUUGCGUGGCUCGUGCUCUUUGUGAGAGUGCCAGAUACAUGCUUCCCUCCAAUCAACGUGGUAAUAUGUUACAGGAAUUGGUCAGAACUGUCUUUAGUUUGCCACCAAGUCCAGUGGCUUCCCAUGAACCACAGGCCCAUCAUAAUUACGAUCAUAUAUACCGCCGAUCAAAGAGGAACUCACGUGAAUGCCACGAUAUAUAUCCAGGAUGCCAGUUUUCUCUUUUGGCAUUGGCUUUGGGAAAAUAUAUGGCAGCAACUACCACAAAGUUUAGUUCAUUCAACUAUAUGUGACAACCUUGAAAAUUCGAUAAAAUAAAAUAUAAUGCAUUGA